ACUGUAACGGAUGGCGGAAGUGACGUCACGCGGGGCGGAGUGCCCGGCAGAUUUGAAAACGGAGCGUCAAGUAUUGCGCGGGUCCCCGCGAGGCAGGAGAGCGGCAGGAUGGACCUGACCUUUCCCCGCUACGGCCCCAACGACCUCCUCACGCACCUUCGCAACCAGGUGCUGGCCGGCGCCGAGGCCAAGAACCUCGUCAAGAGCGACCUGUUCCCCAACCCCAAGCCUGAAGUAUUGCACAUGAUUUUCAUGAGAGUCCUGCAGAACGUAUAUGGGAUUCGUCUUGAGCACUUCUACAUGAUGCCAGUCACCGUUGAAAUAAUAUAUCCACAGAUUUUGGAAGGCUUCCUACCUGUUUGUAAUCUGUACAUUCAUAUGGGGCGUUUUCUUCCCAUCUGUCGUGUUAAUGACUUUCAGAUCGCUGAUAUCAUAAAUCCAAAAGCAAAGCGGACAGCUCGCUUCCUCAGUGCUGUUCUCAACUUCAUUCACUUCCAAGGAUCGUGUCGUAAUGCCUACCUGGAAUUACAAUGGACAUACAAAUCGGCUAUGGAAAAAAUACAGCAGUUGCAAACAGCAAAUCAACAGGCAGCAAUGAAGCUGGAGAAACUUGAUACCAUUCCUGCAGAGCAGCAGGCAGAGUUCAAGCAACUGUCUGAUGACAUUCAGGAACUGCGGCAACUGCUAAAUACGGAGUAUUGUCGAAAAACGACAGCUUUGCAAGAAGUAACCUCACAAAAAAAAUCAGAAGUUUCGGAGAGAACCCGAAGUCUCAAUGAGCUAAAAGUGACAAUAGCUACAUUGAAAGAAGAACAAGAGCAGCUGAAAUCGCAAAUCGUGGAGUCUCCGGAGGAACUGAAGAAUUACAAAGAACAUAUGAAAGAGACUGUUCAGAAACUAAAGAAAGCUAAGCAAGAUAUCAUUGAGAAGUAUGAAAGUUAUCGAGACUUAGUUGAGAUUCUGCCAUCAUGUCAGUUGGAAGUGCAGUUAUACCAGAAGAGAAUGCAAAGCCAAGGAGAAAAUGUGGACAGAAUGGCCAGCAUCUUAUCAGAGGUCAGAAAUCUGGAGGACCAGAUUGAGAGUGCUCAGAGAGAGCUGAAGAAUGCCAAGACAGAUGAAAUGUCCUUAAAGAGACUAGUCACUGCUAAACAUGAGAAGUUGUCUACAACUGGAAUAAGGAUAAAGAAGAAACAUGAAGAUGUUGAGCAAUAUAAGCGCACAGUAUUUGAGCAUUGUAACAGAGUGCAGGAAAAGAGAGGGGCUGUUUAUGAGAAGGUGACAGCAAUUCACAAGGAAAUCAAGCAAAUAAGAUCCAAAGUUCAGCAGCUGAAUGAGAACACUGAAAAAGAAAAAAUGAAAGCUCAGGAGAUCUACUUGAACCUACGGGCUGGCUUGGAGAAGUACCAUGAAUCUUUGGCAAAGAUAGCAGAGAACUAUGCAACCUCAAGAGAUGCAAAAAUUGCUGAACUAAAGAUGGGACUGCUUAGUGUUCAGGCUUCUUGAACUAGCUCUUAGACUUGCUUUCCUUUGUUCUGCUUUUAUUAUAUUUAUCCUCGGGUCUCAAUUUGAAAGAUUGCAUUUUGUGUGGGAGGGAUAAUUACUCAAGAUAAAAAAAAUCUGUUUCUCACAAAAUCCAUCAGUACACAUUUAGUGUUACAGGUAAACCCUCAGUGUCAGCUGAUUAUUGUGGGUGCAAGAGGGCUUAGCCAGCCUGCUGACACCUUUUUUUUUUGGUCAAUUCUGAUUCUUCUGAUGGCAAAAAUGCCAGUUUGGCUUGCAAAACUCGCCUGUGGCUUGCUAUUAGCUCUUGGAAUAACUGUUUUUUCCAGAUGUUGAUGCAUCUCAACAUGAAGUGCAUCCUCAAAUCUCAGUUUUGCUACAUUUGAGCUAUACUGAACAGAAUCUGAAUGACCCCAUAUUCUGUCUGAUCCAGUGAUCAUAAUCAUAGUGGGACAGUAAAUUUUUCUUGUAUGACCUCUGGUUUGCCUGGCCUCUGAGAAGCCCUCAGAGGAAAGUUUCCUACUUGGGGAACCAUACAAUUUUAUUUAGUGGUGUCCCUCUUGAACCUUGAAUUCAAGGUCCCUGCUUUGUGUGGUAUUGAACAUUCAUUUGUUUCUACAGGAUGAGUCCAUAUUUUGGUGAACACUUUAAAAAAAAAAAAAGUGUGGACUGAUAUCCUGUACAUUUGCAUAGAAAUCACUAUUUGGCCAAAUGGGGUAUGAAUUGUUACAGUACGUAUGUAGUGCAUUGUAUUUAUACAAGUCUUUACAACAUCUAUUUAGUCUCACUUUUCUAUUGUUUUCUUUCCCCUAUUCAGUGUGAUCAUUAUCUCUUUGAUGUAACAUUUAGUUUUUCAAUCUAGAAUACUGCCGGACACAUUUUAUUAAAUUUUUCUACUUUGCCCAAAACUGCUUCUUGCAAUUAUCACUCAGUUGAGAACUUCAGGAUUUAGCUUUAAAUCUGUCUAUUCAUGUCCAUUCUUCUGUUUCUCCCUUUCCUUUUUUGUCUGGAUUUUCAGUAUCCCUUAACUCCUUUUUUUUUUUUUUCCUCCCCAUUUUGCUAAAGUCUGUUAGGGUAAAAUUUUUAAAAGGUAUGUCAUGUAAAUGUUUUUUGGAAAUAAGAUUUCAGCAUUUUUUGACAACUGCAUUUAAGCUAUUAUUUCUUAGUUGACACAGCUUUUGUUUUAAUUAUUUCAACCCGUCUCUCCAUCACCAACAUAAAUAAAAUGUGAUUACUAACAUGAAA